AUGGGGUAUCAUUUUCAUCAAAAAUUAGCUUCUAUAGCUACUUCAUUAGAUGCGAAUCGUCUCAUGGCCAUUAGUCUUGGUACUACACGAGUCAUAAUCAGUAGUCACCCUGAUACGGCUAAAGAGAUUUUAUGUGGUAGCUCGUUUACCGAUCGUCCUAUAAAGGAAUCGGCUCGUUUGCUUAUGUUCGAACGUGCCAUUGGAUUCGCCCCCUCGGGAAACUAUUGGCGACAUCUUAGACGAAUCGCUGCAAAUCAUAUGUUCUCUCCGAGGAGGAUUUCGUCUCUUGAGGGCAUUCGACAACGUGUAGCCAAUGAUAUGAUAGAGGGAAUUUGCAGUGAGAUGAAAAUGAGAGGGUUUGUGGAGGUAAAAGGGAUAUUACAAAAAGGGUCAUUAGAAAAUGUACUAGAAAGUGUAUUUGGUUGUGAUUUAGGUUUAGUACACGGUGAUGAAUUAGGUUUAAUGGUUAAGGAAGGGUACGAGGUGAUAUCAGAAUUCAACUGGGCAGAUUAUUUUUCUUUAGGGUUUUUAGAUUUUCGAGGUGUAAAGAGAAGGUGUCAUAAAUUAGCGACGAAAGUUAACGAUCUUGUGGGUCGAGUCAUAGUCGAAAGAAGAAGAAAUGGAGUCUAUGAAAACAAAGACGACUUCCUUAGUCUUUUGCUUUCGUUGCCCAAAGAGGAUCAACUUAGUGAUGCAGACACGGUGGCUGUUCUGUGGGAGAUGGUGUUUAGAGGAACAGACACAGUUGCCAUCCUUCUUGAAUGGAUCAUGGCAAGAAUGGUUUUGCACCAAGACAUUCAAGCAAAAGCCCAAAGUGAGAUUGAUACAGUUAUGGGCCGAAACGGGCCAGUUCGAGACUUGGACAUUGCAAAACUUCCCUAUCUUCAAUCCAUAGUGAAGGAAGUCUUAAGGCUCCAUCCUCCAGGCCCAUUGCUCUCUUGGGCCCGUUUAGCAACCCAUGAUACGCACGUGGACAAACACUUCAUCCAAGCUGGCACGACGGCUAUGGUCAACAUGUGGGCUAUAACCCACGAUCCAUCCAUAUGGGCAGACCCAUGGGCUUUCAAGCCCGAAAGGUUCAUAGAGGAAGAGGUUUCUAUUAUGGGCUCAGAUUUAAGGCUUGCUCCGUUUGGAUCGGGCCGUCGUGUCUGUCCAGGAAAGGCUUUGGGCUUGGCUACGGUCCACCUAUGGCUUGCACGACUACUCCAAGAGUUCAAAUGGGUUCCAACAGCCCAACCCGUCAAUCUUUCAGAAUGCUUGAAACUUUCUCUAGAGAUGAAGAAACCCCUAACAUGUCGUGCAUUUAGUCGAUAG